CGACAGAAGACAGACAGACUCGCCUCCAUCAACACGGAGCGGAGCGGAUCUUAGACUCCAGCUACAAGGCGCACAGGCGGGAGACACUUUAGCUCCACAAUCUUGGUAUUAUUCGUUUGUUCUCCGAAAAAGUUUAGGGGUCAGUAGGUUAGGGGGGGAAGCGACAUCUUAAAGAAAAUCUCGUUUUCUUCUCUUAUCUUGAUGCCGGAUUGUAAAUCAGGAGAACUUCUGCUUCGUCACCUUCUUACUUCUGCUUUCGGAUCUUCGCCGCCAGCGGAGAGGCUCGGCUCCGACGCGCGGAAAGGCCUCCAGUUCCACCCGAACCGGCUCGUGUUUAUCUAUUUAUUUCUUUAUUUAUUGUGACACCCGAAAGCUGGAAGAGCCCCGGAGCGGUGAGGACCUGAGGAAACUCUCCCUUGAUCGAUAAUGCGCGGCAGCUGGGACUGUUUCCUGUACCUGGGCGCACUGGGCGCGCUGGUGUCUGGCCACAAAAUGCUGGAGGACUGCUUGGCAUCAAAACGCAAGUACAAGAUGAACGUCGUCCUUCUGGAGGACAACAACUACGAGUGGAGCCGGACCUUCGUGCAGGGGGCCGUGGAGCGAGCCAUCGAGCAGGACAGGCAGAAAAACAUCGACAAUGGCCUGGACCUCGUUUUGACGGCGACCUACAACGGGUUCAACACCACCGUGUACAACAGGCAGGGCUGCGGCAGCAGCACCUGCGAAGGAGUCUCAAUCCUCAAGACGCUGGACCGCAACAACGAAGUCGGAUGCGUCAUGCUGGGACCUUCAUGUACUUUCGCCACCUUCCAGUUAGUGGACGAGGAGAUCGGCUUGACCCUGAGCAUCCCCAUCAUCUCUGCUGGCAGCUUCGGCCUCUCCUGCGACCACAAGCCCAAACUGACGCGCACCUUGCCGCCGGCUCGAAAAAUCAUGGACCUGUUCCUGAACUUCAAGACCGAGGAGCUGGGCUUUAAGCCCGAGUGGGAUAAGUUCUACGUGUACAAGAAGCAAGUGAACAAUGCAACCGAAGACUGCUUCUGGUACAUCAACGCGCUGGAGGCGCCGUCUGCGAGGUUUGCGUCGCAAACGCACAGGGUGAUGGUGCGGGAAAAGAAGGACCUGCAGAGGAUCAUGAAGACCUCGAAUCGCCACAGCAACAUUAUUAUUUUGUGUGGCGGCCCUGAAGAAAUUUCUUUAAUAAAGGACGAUGUGGACCAGAUUCACCCAGACACCUUGUUCAUUCUUCUUGAUCUUUACAACCCCGAAUAUUACGUCAACAAAACGGCCCACGGUUGGAUGCAAGACGUCCUGGUCGUCACUCUGCCGCAGAGGAACUACAGCUACGACUCCAACUCGUCGCACAACGAUUUGAUAAAUGACUACGUGGCUGGAUAUUAUGACGGAGCUCUGCUCUUUGGACAAGUGCUGAGAGAUUGGUUGCUGAGAGAAAAGCUCGGCAAGAGCUCUGAAGACGUCAACGACAACCCGUUUGCAAACGUGACUAUGGAGGGCCUUGGAGGACAAGUUGUGCUCGAUGAGCACGGAGACAGAGACGUGAACUUCUCCUUUAUUUACACGUCAGUGAAAACCGGGAAGUAUGAAACUCUGCUCGUGUUUGAUUCGUCGCAAAACAGAACCAUUGAAAAGCACCCGAACCCGGCUCUUGUCUGGAGAGGCCAACUUCCCGAUGAUGAACCUGAAAAUCCAGAAGACUUGGGUACACAGGGCGUGAUCGUGAUCGUUUUGGGCGUCAGCGUUGUCGUAGUGACCGCCAUCGCUCUCAUCUUCUACAGGCAGAACAGGAAGGAGCGUCUGAUGCAGAAGAAGUGGUCACACAUCAGUCCGCACCUGAUUGGUCCUCUUGAUGAGAAGGAAGUCUCUCUGAAGAUCGACGACGACAAGAGGAAGGACAGCACAUACUUCAGACAGCGAGGCUGCUACGACAAGAAGCCCGUGAUCCUGAAAGAGCUGAAGCAUGCAGAAGGAGAUUUCACAGAGGAGCAGAAAAUUGAGCUCAACACUCUGCUGCGGAUCGAUUACUACAACCUGGCCAAGUUUUACGGCACAGUGAAGUUCGAGUACGGCGUCUUCGGGGUGUUUGAGCUCUGCCAGCGGGGAUCCCUCAGGUACAUCCUGAGCGACAGGAUAUCCUACCCAGAUGAGACCUUCAUGGACAUGGAGUUUAAAAUAUCCGUCAUGUACGACAUCGCCAAGGGCAUGUCGUACCUGCACUCGAGUAGCAUUCCAGUCCACGGUCGCCUCAAGUCCACCAACUGCGUGGUCGACAACCGCAUGGUUGUCAAGAUCACAGACUUUGGCUGCCACACCAUCCUGAUGCCAGGCAGAGAUCUGUGGACGGCUCCGGAGCAUCUGCGCAAAGACGGCGUGUCGCAGAAAGGCGACGUCUACAGCUACGGCAUCAUCGCACACGAGAUCGUUCUGAGGCAGACGCCGUUCUACACCCGCUCCUGCUUUAACACUGCAGAAAAGCUGCACAGGGUUCAGCAUCCCAGAGGAAACGGCUUCUUCAGACCGGACCUUUACUUUGAAGGCGUAUCAGACAGAGAAAUCGAGCUCUACAUGCUGAUAAAGAGCUGCUGGGACGAAGACCCUGAGCGAAGGCCGGACUUCAAGAGGAUAGAGUUAUCGCUGCGAAAGAUUUUCAGUAACUUACACAACCAGGCCACUGAGACGUACAUGGACAACCUGAUCCGCCGCCUGCAGAUGUACUCCAGGACUCUGGAGUGUUUGGUGGAGGAGAGGACGGCUCUGUACAAAGCCGAGCGGGACAGAGCGGAUCGCCUCAACUUCAUGCUGCUGCCUGGGCCUGUGGUGCGCUCGCUAAAGGAGACAGGAAGAGUGGAGCCCGAGCUGUUUGAGGAGGUCACCAUCUAUUUCAGUGACAUCGUGGGCUUCACCUCCCUCUGCCACUACAGCACCCCCAUGGAGGUGGUGGACAUGCUGAACGAGAUCUACAAGAACUUUGACAGCAUCCUGGAUCACCAUGACGUCUACAAGGUGGAGACGAUAGGAGACGCCUAUAUGGUUGCGUCAGGGUUACCCAAGCGAAACGGCGACAGACAUGCGGUGGACAUCGCCCACAUGGCCCUCGACCUCCUGUCGUUUGUUGGGACUUUUGAGUUGCAGCACCUGCCGGGGAUUCCUCUGUGGAUUCGUAUUGGAGUGCAUUCAGGUCCGUGUGCGGCCGGCGUCGUGGGAAACAAGAUGCCUCGCUACUGUCUCUUUGGAGACACGGUGAACACGGCGUCUCGGAUGGAGUCCACGGGCCUGCCUCUGAGGAUUCAUGCGAGCCAGUCCACAAUCAACAUCCUGGGGAGGACAGACUGUCAGUUUGAGUUUGAAAAAAGAGGAGAGACGUACCUGAAGGGAAAAGGGAAGGAAAUGACCUACUGGCUAACAGGUGUAAAAGGAAGAACCUACAACCUGCCCACACCACCGACGGCGGAAAACUUCCAGAGGCUCCAGCAGGACCUGGCGGACAUGAUCGUGUCCAGCCUGGAGAAGCACCGAGCCGGAAGAGACAGCUUCGAAAAGAGGAAGACCUUGUCCACCAGAGUCCGCUGGAAAGACGCCACCGGCAGCCUGAGGAAGGACAGCCCGCCGGAGUACUUCCACCUGGCCGUCACCGACAAUCCCAGCACGUUCCUGUGACGAAGCGCAGAGGAGAUUUACAGGAAAGACUUUGUUGAGCCCAGUGUUUGGGACUAAACAUCUGUUGGGACCGUUCUGCUGAGUCAGUGAGACGGUGCAGAUGCAGCAGGUGGGUCAACGGUGACAUCAUGGGCUCUCUGCCCAGGUCACAGUCCUUCACCGUUGAGAGAGCAGCAGCUUCUCGUGGCGAUUACUUCAAGCACAGGGAUAUAUUUCACUCCACAGAAUGCAUCUGCCAAACUGAUUGGUACAAAAUUUUGCAGUCUUCGUUUUUUUCUUCUGAGCCAAUACUUUGCACUCGAUUCAUAACAUAAUUAUUAUCUAGAUUUUUAGCUUGAGCUUCGUGUAAUCUGAAACUACAGACAUUUUUCUCCAAGAAAAAGAGACGAAAGACGAGGGGAAAGUGUCUUUGUUCACUUUUAAAGUGUUCUUACUUUUUGUUGUCUGCAGGGUUUAUCGCAAAGUAUGACAAAUUAUUUACCAUGUAAAUAAACUUUAUCUGCUGCAAACGACAGUGGAUCUACAUUCUCUUGCUAACUUAGUAGCUACACUUGGAGAAGUCGAAGAUCCAGACAGACAUUAAACUCAGCAUGAACGCCCCCCAGUUUUUGCAAGCUUCUGGAAUAAUUCUGGCUAGAUCUUUGACCUCCAGAUUAUAUUUAAAAUAAUUGUUUGUUGGGGUUUUUUUGGCUCCGUCUCAGUUUUUAAGCAAAGUCCACAGAUUUUCAAUAGAAGUGACGUCAAAGUCACUCCAGAUGGUUCAUGCUGGUUUCCUUUGUUCCACAACUAGUUUACAUGAACACUAUCCAAAAAAUAAUGGUGAAAUAUUCAGACAGAUUUAUGUUAGGAGUUCGCUGGUUAUGAAGAGGUGAAGAGUGCCAAAUUACAAAAACUAAAUAACUUAUGUCAUUAACUGCUUUGAAACACAAAAUAAAUACCCAAAUAUUUUUUUAAAUAUAGAGACAACUACAAUAUUUAAUGUUUUUUUUUUCCAAGUUUAUGACUGAAAUCAACAAUUUCACUGUGUUGGACAUGUUCAACACACAUUUAAAUAAUUAUGGCAAAGUAAUUUAUUGUAAAAUGGCACUUUUUACUCUACAUAACUGAUGGCAAUGAAAAGUAUGUUAAAGGACAUUUAUUCAAAUAUCAGCAGGCAUCUAUGCACAUUUGAACCUGUAUUUAUAGUUUUUGUCAGUGUGUGGUUUUAAGAAAAUUUACACACAAACACAAAAAUAAAUGGAUGCAUCUAUUUCUUUCCAAAUCACUGAUGAUGGAUCCAAAGCACCUUUGGAGGCAUCAGUGAACGGCCAAAAUCAAAAUGGCCUCCAUGAGGAGGAUAUGUAAAUGUCUGACUGGAACUAAAUGAUGUUAUUAUAAAAAACACUCACUCUCUGCAAGAUAGCAUAAAGCUAACAAAUUUCUCUUGAAUACUACAAAGAUGGCGACCGGGGGGCUUUUAUGGUUGAAGCUGCCGCCAGC